GCUCCAAGACUCUGUUGGACUGCUUCACUAGCUUUCUUAAUUCAGUUUCUGAUAUUAAGCUCGACUGGCUUCGUCAUGCACGAGGAUAUGAGCAUGACAAGUGAAACCGAGGAAAGGAUGACAUCCAAAGUUGACAUGGAUUCACCAGAUGAAGCUAGCGGUGGAGAUUUAGGAGAAAGUGUACCACUUAAAAAAGGUCCCUGGACUUCUGCGGAAGAUGUGAUUUUAGUGGAUUAUGUCAUGACACAUGGUGAGGGGAACUGGAAUGCUGUGCAGAGGCAUUCAGGACUUGCUCGUUGUGGUAAAAGUUGCCGUUUGCGGUGGGCAAAUCACCUGAGACCAGAUUUAAAGAAAGGUGCAUUCACCCCCGAGGAAGAGCAGCGGAUAGUUGAACUGCAUGCUAAAAUGGGAAAUAAAUGGGCACGAAUGGCUGUUGAGCUGCCUGGCCGCACAGAUAAUGAGAUAAAGAACUACUGGAACACCAGAAUAAAAAGACGACAACGUGCAGGCUUGCCAAUUUACCCUCCAGAUAUUUCUUUCCUGGUAAGUCAGAACAAACAAAAUGAGGAGUUGGGUGCAUUCUCCUCUGCAGAUGCGCAAAAUUCUGAUGUCUUGGGAAUUAACAAUUUUGAGAUUCCUGCUGUGGAGUUCAAAAAAUUGGAACUCAAUCAUCUGUUGUAUCCACCACAACUUGCUGACAUUCCUGCUCGUAGCUUGCUUAAUGAUCCUGUAAGUAACUUUCUGGCCCAGGGUCAUAGAGCUCCCUAUAGUAGUACGUAUUUCCUUUCUACAACGUAUCCCUCAAAGCGUAUACGAGGAUCAGAAUCUGUGUUCUCCGGUUCAAAUGGUGAUCUCCUCAACUCCAUACAAUACCAGAAUGACAGUUCUUUGCUUGCUCAACCCUUGGGUUUUUCUUCAUAUAGUCAUAAUUUAACAUAUGAUGAUAACCGAUCAUUCUCAAGUGUAGUUCCGGGCGGCCAUGCCUAUUUAAAUGGCAACUCCUCUUCAGAGCCCACAUGGGCAAUGAAGCUGGAGCUCCCUUCACUCCAAAACCAGACAGAAAACUGGGGCUCACCUCAUUCGGCUCUUCCUUCAUUAGACUCUGUUGAUAUUCUGAUUCAAUCCCCUCCAGCUGGACAUAGUGAAUCCGGUAGUCUGUCACCUAGCAACAGUGGUCUACUGGAUGCUGUGCUUCAUGAAUCCCAAACUAUGAAAGCUUCACACGAUAACUCACACCAAGGGAACGAGACAUCUGGUGUUACUGUCAAUAAUUCAUGUCCAGAUCUCAAAGGAUGGGAUGGGCAUCCAAUCUCUCCUUUAAGUCAAUUCUCUACAUCAGUAUUUAGUGAGUACACCCCUAUCAGUGAAAGUUCAUUACACGAGUUCCUGUCAAUGACCACAAUGCCAGGAUGCAAGAUUAAGCAAGAGAUUGGCGAUCUAGCCCCCUUGGACAAGGAAGACGACACAUCAAACCAGACAAUCUUUUCCAGUCCCAAGACACAGCAUGCUAAUAACCAUCUGGCUUCGAAAGAUGCUCUUAUUUCUUGCUUUUUCGAUGAUUGUGCCUGGGAUUGCAAGCAAAUCCAUGCAGUAGCCACAUCAUCAGGUCAAGCUAGUGGACACAAUUCUUGUUCUUGGGAUGCCAUGUCAGCCGUGUAGGCUACAGCCCGAAUGAGAUUAUGAU